AUGAAGUACCUCGUGAUUGUUGCCCUAUUCUUCGUCUCCGCACAAGCAGCCAUUGACCCCAAAUUAGUUGCAGAAUUUAUGGAGAAAGUUACGAAAUUUGGAGAAAAAUGUAUGCAAGAGACCAAAGCAACGAGUGAGGAUGUUGCCCAAAUCAUGGCUCACAAAAUUCCAGAUAGUCACGAAGGAAAGUGCAUGAUCUCGUGUGUCUACAAAGCAUUCAAAAUCCAAAAUGAAGAUGGAACCAUGAAUUCUGACCAAACUUUGAAGCUCAUGGAAAGGGUUAAAGAAAGUGACGCAGAAUUAUUUGAAAACUUGAUGAAAGUGUUCAAAGUUUGCCAUGGAAAACCAGAACUUAUUGUCGCAGAUCCCUGUGUAACAGCUGUCAAUGUGGGCGCAUGCGCAGUGACUGAAGGAAAAGCGCUUGGCAUCAAAUCCGAAUUGUUUGGAAUGUGA